UUAGCCGUGGACCCAGCGUUCAAGGGGAGAGGUAUAGCGUCGAAGCUGGUGAAAUGGGGAACGGACAGAGCGGACGGUGAUGGACUGCCAGCCUACCUGGAGUCCACGCCGGCGGCAGUUGGCGUAUAUGAGAGACUUGGUUUCAAAGUGCAGAGGAGAUUGAGCGUA